UGUAUCAGCUGCAGCAGGAAGCUCCUCAACCAAAGAGGGUAACCUGCCCUCAGGAGAUUGAUCGCAAACCAAAGUACUACGGGAGAGAGUUCCACGGGUGGAUCUCUCGUGGACGCUCUGGAGAGCUGCUGGGAGUGGAAGGAGCGUAUCUCAUCAGAGAGAGUCAGAGACAGCCUGGAGCUUACACACUGGCCCUCAGGUUUGGCAGGCAGACCCUGAACUACAAGCUGUUCUACGACGGUCAGCACUAUGUGGGUGAGAAGAGGUUUGAUUCCAUCCAUGAGCUGGUGAGGGACGGUCUGAUCACUCUGUACAUCGAGUCCAAAGCCUCCCCGUACAUCGCACAGAUGACCUCUAACCCCGUCUACCAGAGUGUGGGGGACCCCCUUCUACAGACACUCCUGGGCUCCACACCCAACAGGAACAACAACAAGGUCAUGGUAAUGAAGGAGCAGGAAAGACACAGUGAAAAAGCCCACAGCUUCCAG